UAAGAAAGCUCACGAAUCAUCAACGUCAAUUAAAACAUAACCUAAAAAAGUUGAUUUGACAACAAUUUUAUAACAAAUUAAAUAAAUAAAUAGUAUUUUAUAAUGUCUAUUGAAAUAGAAUCAGCCGACGUAAUUCGACUUAUUCAGCAAUACCUAAAAGAGUCUAACUUAUUCCGGACGUUGCAAACGCUUCAAGAGGAAACCGGUGUUUCGUUAAAUACCGUUGAUAGUGUAGACGGUUUUGUCGCCGAUAUCAAUAAUGGCCAUUGGGAUACCGUUUUAAAAGCGAUCCAAUCGUUAAAAUUACCUGAUAAGAAGUUAAUUGAUUUAUAUGAACAAAUCGUUUUGGAACUUAUUGAGUUACGAGAGUUAGGUGCCGCUCGAUCUUUGUUAAGACAAACGGAUCCCAUGAUUAUGUUGAAACAAAAUGAACCGGAACGAUAUAUUCAUUUAGAAAAUUUAUUGGCUCGAUCUUAUUUUGAUCCCCGAGAAGCUUACCCGGACGGUAGUAGCAAAGAAAAACGUCGCGCGGCAAUAUCCCACGCGUUAAGCGGAGAAGUUUCCGUUGUUCCAUCAUCUCGUCUUUUAGCUUUGUUAGGACAAGCGUUGAAAUGGCAACAACAACAAGGAUUGUUACCCCCCGGAACAACGAUUGAUUUAUUCCGAGGAAAAGCAGCGAUAAAAGACCAAGAAGAUGAACAAUUCCCGACCCAAAUGGCCAAACAAAUUAAGUUUGGUCAAAAAUCGCAUGUUGAAUGCGCUCGAUUUUCCCCAGAUGGGCAAUAUUUAAUCACCGGAAGUGUUGAUGGUAUCAUUGAAGUUUGGAAUUUUACGACGGGAAAGAUUCGAAAAGAUUUAAAGUACCAAGCGCAAGAAAGUUUUAUGAUGAUGGAGCACGCCGUGCUUUGCAUGGCUUUUUCGAGAGACUCAGAAAUGUUAGUAACGGGAUCUCAAGCUGGAAAAAUUAAAGUCUGGCGGAUCACCACCGGGCAAUGUUUGAGAAAAAUCGAAAAAGCCCACAUGAAAGGAAUUACUUGUUUACAAUUCUCUAGGGAUAACAGCCAGGUUUUAAGCGCGGGGUUUGACCAAAUGAUUAGAAUUCACGGUUUAAAAUCGGGGAAGAUGUUGAAGGAGUUUAGGGGGCACACUUCGUUUGUUAAUGAAGUGAUUUUUACUCAAGAUGGACAUAACAUUUUAAGCGCUUCUUCCGAUGGGACCGUUAAAGUUUGGAGCAUAAAAACCACGGAAUGCGUAAAUACAAUCAAAGCUUUGGGGGUAAACGACAUCACCGUUAAUAAUAUACAUAACUUUGCGAAAAAUCCUGAACAUUUCGUUGUUUGCAAUCGAAGCAACACAGUUGUUAUUAUGAAUUUACAAGGACAGAUUGUUCGAUCGUUCUCGAGUGGUAAACGAGAAGGGGGCGAUUUUGUUUGUUCCACGGUCUCACCAAGAGGCGAUUGGAUUUAUUGUGUUGGUGAAGACUUGGUUUUGUAUUGUUUUUCGACUAAUUCCGGAAAAUUAGAAAGGACUCUCAAUGUGCAUGAAAAUGAUGUUAUUGGCAUCGCUCAUCACCCUCAUCAAAAUUUAUUGUGCUCCUAUAGCGAGGAUGGAUUAGUGAGGUUAUGGAAGCCUUAAUUUGACAGGAAAAUUUUUUUUUAGGUUAAGUGUAUUUCAAUUUAAAUUUUUUUAUAAAAUAAAUAUAAAAAAAGUGUGUGAA